AUGCGAACAUGUUCUCAGGCUCAUAAGGAAGCAUUGGUUAAGGAAGAAACGGUAGAGAAUACUACAAUGGGUGACCAACUACCAGAGGCGAAUGAUGCUAAGGCUCUUAAGGAUUUCUCUGAGCCGAAAAUCGCGGCCACCACUUUCGAAAUCAGACCGGGCACGAUUCGGAUGGUUCAGAACUCUGUUCAGUUUGGGGGUUCUCCAACGGAGGAUCCUAAUAUGCAUAUUCGGGAUUUCAUCGAGAUCUAUGACACUUUUAAGUUUAAUGGAGUUACCGAAGAUGCUAUCAAACUGACUGCAAUCAGGAAUUCUAUCACUCAAUUCUCUCAACAAUCUGGUGAAACUCUUUGUGAAGCUUGGGAACGCUACAAAGAGAUGCUUCAAAAGUGCCCACAUCAUGGGAUGCCUGAUUGGAUGAAUCCUACUCAGCGUCUUCAUCAUGGCAAGGCAGCAGGAAUUCUAGAUGUUGUUGCUACUACAGCUUUAACUGCUCAGCUUAAGGCUCUUACUAUGAAGGUGGAUUCUUUGGCAAAUCUGGGAAAUCAGCAGCCACCUUCAGUUUGCGAGCUUUGUGAUGGUGCACAUUCUUCUGAUCAGUGUGCUAUAUCUAGUGAAUCCACUCAGUUUGAAAAAGAAUCAUCAACAGAGCGAAACAAGGAAGAGAGUGAUCAACAGGUUGAAACACCCGUGCUCUCAUCUAAGUCAGAUAGUGAAAAAACUGUUGUUGAAGCUUAUAAGAAUGAAAUCAACGAGGAAGCAAGCAAGGAAUCAACCGAGAAGUCUAGUCCUAAAGCUGAUAUUGGGGUCAAGCAAGUAUAUCCACCACCCCCUUUUCCGAAGAGACUUCAGAAGCUUAAGCUCGACAAACAAUUCGCUAAAUUUCUAGAGGUUUUCAAGAAAUUACAAAUCAACAUACCUUUUGCGGAGGCUCCAGAACAAAUGUCGAGUUAUGGUAAUUUUAUGAAAGGUAUUCUAUCUCGGAAACUCAAACUUGAGGAAUUGGAGACUGUGGCUUUGACCGAGGAGUCUAUCAUAAUUUUGAUGCCCAUGUCUAUUUUCGUGCAACUUGGUCUUCCGGAGCUGAAACCUACUAAUAUGUCUUUGCAACUGGCUGAUCGUUCGAUUACAUAUCCAAGGGGGAUAGUUGAAGAUGUGUUGGUAAAGGUGGACAAGCUAAUCUUCCCUGCUGAUUUUUUCAUUCUCGACUUUGAGGAAGAUAAGAAGAUUCCUAUCAUCUUGGGAAGACCAUUCCUUGCGACAGGGCGGACGUUGAUUGAUGUUCAAAAGGGGGAACUCACGAUGAGAGUUCAAGAUCAAAUGGUCACUUUCAACGUGUUCAAUGAUAUAAAACUUCCAUCAGAUGAGGAGGAAUGCUUUAAAGUGGAUGUGCUCGAAGCUGCAGCUCACUCGGAAAUUGACAACAGGCUGAAAACUGACAUCUUGGAAAGGGUUCUAUCAGGAGACUCGGAAUUCAGAGAUGAGGAAGAAGAACAUCUUCAAUACUUAAAUGCUUCUCCUUGGAGAAGAAGGAUGGAUACUCCAAUUGAAUCUCUUGGUAUCGAGGAAGAAAAGCUUUUGAGAAUUCUUAGGGAAUUCAAAUCAGCCAUUGGAUGGACUAUCGCAGAUAUCAAGGGAAUCAGCCCUUCUUCUUGUCAACACAAAAUUCUGAUCGAGGAGGGUAGUAAACGCACUGUUGAGCGUCAAAGAAGACUCAAUCCAAUCAUGAAAGAAGUGGUGAAGAAGGAGAUUCUUAAGUGGCUUGAUGCCGGUAUUAUUUAUCCAAUCUCGGAUAGUUCUUGGGUGAGCCCUGUUCACAGUGUACCUAAGAAAGGAGGCAUGACCGUGGUAGCUAAUGAGAAAAAUGAGCUCAUUCCGACUUGA